AUGGGGGAAUGGACUAUACUAGAGAGGCUCCUGGAGGCUGCUGUCCAGCAGCACUCUACUAUGAUAGGAAGGAUCCUACUAACAGUGGUGGUCAUCUUCCGGAUUCUUAUCGUAGCAAUAGUUGGAGAGACUGUCUAUGAUGACGAGCAGACCAUGUUUGUUUGUAACACCUUACAACCGGGCUGCAACCAGGCAUGCUACGACAAGGCAUUUCCCAUUUCACACAUUAGAUAUUGGGUUUUUCAAAUCAUCAUGGUGUGCACCCCGAGUCUUUGCUUUAUCACAUACUCGGUGCAUCAGUCGGCCAAGCAGAAGGAGCGGCGCUACUCAACAGUCUAUCUGACACUAGAUAAGGAUCAAGAUUCACUGAAGCGAGACGAGAGCAAAAAGAUAAAGAACACCAUUGUUAAUGGAGUACUUCAGAACACAGAGAACUCCACCAAAGAAGCUGAGCCGGACUGUUUAGAAGUCAAAGAGAUCCCUAAUUCGGCCAUGAGAACUACAAAGUCCAAAAUGAGGCGACAAGAGGGCAUCUCCAGGUUUUACAUCAUCCAGGUGGUUUUCAGAAACGCGCUGGAAAUUGGCUUUUUGGUGGGUCAGUAUUUCUUGUAUGGAUUCAACGUCCCGUCGGUGUACGAAUGUGAUCGCUACCCCUGCAUAAAAGAUGUCGAGUGCUACGUCUCCAGACCCACGGAGAAGACAGUGUUCCUGGUGUUCAUGUUCGCGGUCAGUGGGUUUUGUGUGGUGUUGAACCUGGCAGAACUCAAUCACUUGGGCUGGAGGAAAAUCAAAACGGCCGUGCGAGGCGUGCAGGCUCGGCGGAAGUCCAUCUAUGAAAUCAGAAAUAAGGACUUACCAAGGAUGAGUGUGCCAAAUUUUGGCCGCACUCAGUCCAGCGACUCUGCUUAUGUGUAA